CAAUCAGAACUUUUGACAUUGCGUUUGUAUUUUACAUCUUACCUGACUUAAUCUAGGCAAAACCAGUAAUUUAGCAGAACAGAUCUAUUAACCCCAAAGCAUAUGUGUUCAAUUUUUAGUAUAGGUGUUUGUAAUUAGAGGAAAUUGAGAUGGACUCUUAGAAUUACAAGCAUUUCUUAAAGGUAACUUAAGAAGCUUUAGUUAUGAAUACGCUGUGUACAAGGUUUUGUAUGAGGAUAUUUUCAGGAGAAGCAAAUGUCAAAAGCUGGAGAAGCAAUGCAGUUUCUGAAAGGACUUUCAAAAUGAAACUGUCUUUUAAGAGAUGGAAGGUAGCCAGGGGGAUUAUAGUAAAGUUCAACUGUGUGUCUCAAAGGGGAACCUUCUCUUCCUGUUUGCGUGUUCUGAAAGGGUGAUGCGUUGUAGACCAUGCCUGGUUUUACUAGUAAGAAACCCUGUUCUGCAGAUUAAAUGCAUAUGUGUCAUACAUGAUAUCGAGCUGCCAUGAAGCUAACAUUUAAUGGGAGGCCUUUGUACUUUUCUCUGCUAGUUACUUUUCUGGUGACUAGGAGCUAUUCUUAGCUUGUCCUAAGGCAAAACUCCUCCCCAAAAAACAAAACCUUCCUUGCGUUUUGAACAGUUGGUAAGCCCUUACUGAGCUGUUGUUUAUCACUCUAAAUGUGACAUUUUCUGGAUUCCUCUAAAACUGAUGUGUGUCUCACCUGAAUGCUUUGUCUUUUAUUUUGGCUGAUACGAAACACAUCUAAAAGCAUUUUCACUGUUGCAGGCACUUGGCUUCCUGUGGUAUUCUGAUGACCAGAAUUUCUCCACUGCAAGUACCUGAAAUGAACCAUACCUUUUCAAGAACUUUCUUCAACAUUACUGCACCACUAGUAAACAAAAGAAAAGAAUAUUCUGAAAGAAGAAUUAUAGGAUAUUCUAUGCAGGAAAUGUAUGAAGUUGUUGCUGUCGUGGAGAAUUACAAACUAUUUGUUCCUUGGUGUAAAAAGUCAGAUAUAUUAUCGAAGCGUUCUGGAUACUGCAAAGCACAGUUAGAAAUAGGAUUCCCUCCUGUAGUAGAGAGGUAUACAUCGGUUGUUACCCUAGUGAGGCCACAUUUAGUUAAGGCAUCCUGCACAGAUGGAAGGCUAUUUAAUCACUUGGAAACAGUGUGGCGUUUCAGCCCCGGCAUCCCCGGUUAUCCAAGGACGUGCACAUUGGAUUUUUCAAUUUCUUUUGAGUUUCGUUCACUCCUGCACUCGAAACUUGCUACGCUAUUUUUUGAUGAAGUGGUAAAGCAGAUGGUAGCUGCCUUUGAAAGAAGAGCAUCCAAACUCCAUGGCCCAGAAACUAGCGUACCGCGGGAGCUAAUGCUUCAUGAAGUUCAUCACACAUAAAAGGGAAAUUCUAACAGCCUCUACUAUGAAUUUGUAUGUACACUUUAUUUAUAUAAGAGGUACAAUGCUCCUUUUGGGGCAUCGCUUUGGUAUCUGAACUUUGUAAUUUACUACUGUACAAAACACGCACAUAUUCAGCCAGAUUGUACAUAGAGGAAUAUUCAAGUUACUAUCAAGUGCAAUUUAAAGUGUUAGCAGUAACAGACUGAUUGACAGCUACUGUAACACAAGAUAACUCAAACGGCUGUUUAUUAACCUGCCCAACAGUUUGUGUAAUCACAUCAGAUGUUCUGCCUUAUCUAAGCUUGUAUUUUUACAGUGUUUGUAAUAUAUUAACUCAAGUUUAAGUUAUUAGUAGUUUGAAUGUAACUUACCAGCACCAACUUAGCCAUUUGGGCCAAGUUAGGGGAAAUUCUGACAUUCUAGCUCUGGAGCGCUAAACACUUUGUUAAAGAACCAAGUAGCAGAUGUUUUUGAUCCAAAUGAACGAGAGGUGACAGAGGUCAGUUCAGAAGUCUCCACGUGCUCUUGAAUUCUCAUCAGUAAUUGCUAUAGGGAGGGGGGGAAAAAAAAAAGAGGCAGCCUAAGGCCUAAGUUAAAUAUAGGGAUAUAACUUUUGAGAGCAGCACUUCAGCUAUAUCCAGUUGUUCUUAUCUGCCUGGGCACCAGGCACUUGAAUUCAUAGUGUUUGGCAAGACGAACUCGCCUACUGGCGUUGUUUCACUGUUGCACAUAGUAAUUUGGGUAUGCUAGAUGUUCUCUAAUAUCACAGUUCCCAGUUCUAGUUAAACAUAACUUUAAACUCAAUUAACAAAUAUGUUACUUCAGUGAAAACUAGGUCAUGGAUACACAAUAGUCUGUACCAAAUUGCUAUCCUCUCUGCCUCCUGUGAAGGAAAGAACAAGCUAUGCUGCUCUUACUUAGUCUGCAGUAAAGCCAAGGGCAGUUACCCUUAAGUAGCUUGCUACAGCGUGGAUCUAAAUGUAGUUUCAUUGUCAGUGCAUUGAGAUGGUGCCAGCUGUCUUGAUUGAAUGGAUUUUCAGUAAUUUAUUCCUUACGUUACUUAAAGUAGUGGGCUAAGUGAAUAGAUUUCACUCGAUGGUAAAAUCCUUUCUAUACACUGCCUUGAGUUACCCAACUUCUUUACUGGAAGGUGGUGAGUUUUGAAGUCAGGUAUGUUUCAUGGUUAAAGUUGUUCCUUCUCUCUAGGGCGUCUGUGAUCUGCAUGGUUACUGCAGAGUACCUGGUAAAGUUCAUUUACUGUGUUAAGUAACAGAGGAGGGUAGGUUUCAGGACAAAGACGGCCCUGAAACAGUCUUAAGACAGUUUAGACUGUUUUCCAGAAAGAGCGAGUAAAAUUUCAGACGUGUUAUCUCUGAAGGACAGUUCUUAUUAUAGGUAGGGAAUUGGGGGAAAGUGACAGCUGGAUUAAGAGGUCAGGUCAAAGAAAACAGCAGAGAGCAUACAAACCUCAUUUUUGAGGGCUAAGCGACACCUAGUGCAAAACAAAUUGUACAAAAUCCCUCUCAACCUAGCGUCUAUUACCAGAAAAUUGGAAGACUGAAGUCUCCAGGCAAGGAGGUAACUACAUUCUACACAACUGAGCAAAAGAAAGACUGGGUAUGGGGGGGGGGGCCCUUCCCCCCCCUUUUUAAUAAA